UGCACCUCCUUUUCGUUUGGGACUGUAAAGUUUGAUAAAAGUGUUUUAGUUUAUAAUUUUUGUUAUAACUAAGAUAAAAUGAAGCUUUUAGAUAUUUGAUGACAAGUAUAUAAUGCUAGAGAAAAUGAAUAAGUUACAAUAUAGUGUAACGACAAUGCCAGUCUCCGGCUCGGGUAAAGAUAAAGCCAAAGACUGGCAAUUAGAAAUUUUAAUGGAGAAGUUGAGAUCUAAAGCUAGUCAAUUUAAAUCAUUGCCAGAAAUUUCUAAAAAUGUUAGAAUGACACUACUGGAAAAAAGAUAUGCUUUAGAUAGUGUUGAAAAAACUCAGCAUCAAAAAUGCUUGGAUACUUUACAACAUGUCAUUAAAGUUACAGGAUUGCAAAGUAUGAUAGAAAGACUGGAGAGUCUUACACGGCAAUUGGGGUUACGUUUUGUUGUUGAAUCUUCUGGUGUAUUUAUAUUCUCAGACAUGUUCUAUUUGGAAAUUAUUCUAGACCCCACAGGCACGGUUAAAGAUGUAAAAAUCCAUCAUGAAGGAAAAGUAGAGCAACAAAGCUGUUUAGAAUUAGUUAACUGCCUUUCUAGAGGAGAUUUUACUGAUUUUACAACACAACUUGAAGGAUUUGUAUCAAUAUAUCAAUUAAAUGCUGAGAAAAAAGUGAAAUGUAAAGCCUUUACUGCCUUAGAAUCUUUAGAAGCCGAUUUAAGUACUUUAGCUCAGUUGCAUACUUUUAUGAAGGAUCCUUUUAAUUUGUUACAUAAAUCUCCCGUUGGUAUACUAGAAAAAAGAAGGGGUGGUCAUCCCAUGAAGCUCACAUAUUUUGUAUCACCUUAUGAUUUACUUAAUAUAGAAAAGAGUGAACUGGAUGCAAUUAGUAUAGACAGUAUCAUCAGUAAGAAUUUGGGAUAUAGUGUGACUGUAUGUAUGGAAGGUUCUACAGCACAUAAGUUACCGACAACUACCCUAAUUACAGUUAAUAGAAGUUUAAAUGGGAAAAGUACUCCGACUUAUACACCACUUACCAGUCAGAACUGUUCAACAGUACCAGCUUGUUUUACAUUAAAACUUAAUAAACCAAUGCCAUUAUGUGUUUCUUUACUCAGAAAAAUUCACCAAAUCCAACAGAUACCAGAUAUUGAUAAUAUAAGUAAUACACCUAAACCCCUGCUGAAUCUUAUUGUGAAUCAUUCAAGUGAUGGAAAGAUGAGCUCUAAUAAUAACAAAGGACUGUUUGUUACAUUGCCUGAUCAGACUCACUGUUAUUGUAUGACAGAAAAUAAAAAUAUGAAUGGUAUUUUUGUCUCCAACAUUCUAUUUACACAUCCUGCUCAAGUGGCAAGUAUCUUAACAGUAUUAAGGGAACAAGCUUUAUUUAACACUGUUAUUGGCAGUUGUGUAAGGCCUAAUAGUCGUCAAAGUUUUGACAAUAUGACAAUGUUUGAAGUUAGUGCAUUGUCCUCAACCCAAAUAUCCAUAUCUUUGGAACAUCCGCUAGAGGAGUUCAUGGCCACUGCAGAUAUAGAUUUAUCAGAUGUUUCCAACUUGGUUUGCAGAAUUCAAAAUCCAGGCACACCACCCCCAACGAAUGCCCCAGAUAUUGUGUCCGAGCUGGCGACUAAAGUACUAAAUAAAAGUUUUUCCAUACCUGUAACUCUACGAGCGGUCAUCAAAAUGUGGGAGAAACAGGCCACAAGGCGCAACCUGUACUCUGGACAGGAAAAUUUUAGUUUGCCCCUCGGUUCCGUCGAUCCCGGUGGUCACAAGGGCCCCGGCUCCGGGACAGGCAGCGGCCUGUCGGAAUACGGGGGGCUGCAAGAUAAAAUCAAACAAGAACCAGGCAGUCUACAGGGGCAAGGGCAAACAGGCCAUCAAGGUGCUAUGUUACAGGAUCCACAAGGCAUGUCCUACGAAUCUAUGAUGGCGUCGAAUUUUCAAAACUUCCCACCUUCCGAUGGGGUGCUGACUAAUAUUGAACUGACUAGUAUUUUGUCAGGAGGUUCAGAUAAGCAAACAGCAAAUAAGCGGCAGAAGCGCAAAGCCACAGACGAUCUAUGGAGAAGUGGCAAACGGAAGGUGGGAAUAAGCGACGAUUCGGAACUGAUUGAAACGUCAAGUUGCGAUUCUACGUCGAGAAGCACCCCCAUAUCGCAGGAAACGGAAAUUCCUACACCAAAUUCUGGAUCUCACUCUGAUUUGGAAUUAUCAAAUAUUGACUCAUCAGAAUUCUUGGGUAGUCUGGAUAAAACUUCCGGAGAGCCUGAAACAGUUGACAUGAAUGAGAUUCUUUCGAGCGCACCACUUAAAAAAAAUGUACACGAGCCGUCGCCCAGCAGUACUUCCAGUGUUGUAUCCGAUAUUAGCGAGAAAAGCAUAGUGCCUCCAAAUGUAAGUAUUACGCCGAUUACUUCAUCUACCUCGCCGGUAUUCACAGGAAGUAACACAGAAAAAAGACCCGGCAUUGAGAUAAUACCAAUAUCUCAAGCUGUAACAUCACUUAUUUCGAGUUCCAUCACGAUAACUCCCAUAACGACCACGACGAAAAUAAGUGACGACAAAAGAGAAAAGAAGAGCAGCAGAAGUAGCAGGGAAGAAAAGGAAAAAAGAAGAAAAAGGAAAAGGGACGAAAGUCCUAUGGGACCGCCAGAUAAAGUACCACCUAAACAAGAUCCUUUAAACAAACCGGUGUCCGUCAGCAUAAAACCAGCCGAAAGUCCUCCUCUAUCUAGUUCGACACCCACAUCGCCAAACAUGCUACGAAAAUUUAGUCCUUCGCCAACCUCUAGCCGUCCUCUGUCUUUGUCAGGGAAACUGAGUCCAAAUCUGAUGAAACCGAACAAGUCCAGUUCUCAUCAUAGUCCCAGCCCUAAAAAUUCGCCAGCUCACGUUUCCUCAAGUCCCAAACAUAGUUUAGCUAGUAUAUCCAGCCCAAAGCAUCACGGAACCAGCCCUUCAGCCGGUGGAAGCGGCAAACCCAGCAUGUCGACGUUAAAAAGCGCGGCAAAUUCAAAUUCGCCUUCUAGUAAAGGUUCGAGCGAGAAAAGCAAGAACAAAGAUAGUUCAAGGGACAAAGACAAGAGCAGGGGCUUAUUUAAUGUUAGUGGUUCGAAAAGCAAAUCGUCUUCGUUAAAAGUCAAACCCCUGGACUUAAAUAUCUGUAACGAAGCUGUUACAUCAGAUGGCCUUCCUUCUCCAAGUGCCGAUUCUAAGUCCAGUCAAAAUUUGUUAAGAAAUAGGAAAGGUUCUUUGUCCGCCAUAGUAGAUAAACUAAAUAUAAAAGUCAAUGCGCAACACAGUGAUAUUCCUACGGAUUUAAGUUCAAAGCCUAGUAGUAAAGUGCCAAAUAAAGACGGUAAGAGUAGUGGAAAAGUGACGGGCGAUACAAAAAAUUCGGAAUAUAUGGUUAAAACUAGUUCGGACGGGAUGAAGUUAACCAUUAAUAAACCUAGAACUAAAGAGAACAAGUCCAGUUCAUCUAGUGGUCUGUCUUCGAGUAGUAGUAGUUUAAGUGGCAGCGGUGGUUUAGUUAAAAGUACCGUCAGUACUAGCAGCGGUUCUCCUAAAAUCCAUACCGGCCUGAAACCAGGUGUUAAUAGCGGUCCAGCUUCGAAAAAACCUCAACAAGUACAAAAAAGUAGCAGUUCGUCGAGUAUACCUAACAGCAAUACAACAGCAUACGCAUCUAGUGGCAACUUAAAAACUUCAAGUAGUUCAAAUAAACCUUCGAGUAGUAACAGUAGUUCAAAAAUAGCAAGCGUAGCGGGAUUACAAAAGACGAUAUCCAAACCAACUACAUCUCCAAAAUUCGGAUCUACCGUAGCAGAUUUAAAUAGAAGUAAAGACCGAUUAAAACAAAACAAAAGUUCCUCAGAGAAAUCGAUAUUUUCCUCGUUAAAAGAGCGCGGAAAAUCGAGCCCCACACAAAACGAUUUAGAUAGUAUUUAUAAAUUACCGCCUAAAAUGAUGGAUCCUUACACAUCUUCUCUUAUGAUGGAAGGUAUGAUGAAAACCUUAGAUACGAAUUUCCAAAUACCUAAAUUAUCAGCCCGGACAUCGGAAGAGAAGAAAAAGAACGAAUUGAAUAACAUGAACCGGAGUACCGUUGAUACGAAGCUCUUUGAUAUGGUGAAGAAUGAAAUUAAAUAUCCGAUAGCUAUACCUCCGAUGAAUUCUUUAGAUCAGAAAAUUAGGAAUAACAUGUCGAGCGUUCUUGUCGGAGGGUCCAAAGGUGAAGAUUCCGACGAUAAGAAAAAGGACAUCACACAAAAUAUCUCUGGGGCCUCAAAUUGAAAACUAUUGUUGCCAAAAUGUGAAUUUUUGUAUGGUAUAAAAGCGUACCGAAGACUUGUUUCGCACCACGGAUCCGCUCAAUCCGUACCCGUCCGCUAGCGAAGCCCUACACAGCCUGACUUUGGCUUCGAAAUACGCCCCAACCACCACCAUCGAUACGGAGGCUUUGGACUUCAGCAAAGCACCGGCGUUUCCCCAUUCGCCCUCCGUCAGCGUGCACAUUGUGAACUCUAGAGCUUCGAGCCGAAGCUCCAGCUGUCUGGGCGACGAUGACCUGAUGGACGAGGGCAUGGUCACACUUGGGAAAUGAAUGACGCGCGGGAAAACGGUAUGGUUGAGAGUGUUCAGGAAUGUAAAUACUAGUCUCGAGUAUUAAAACUACCCUCGCUUCCAGUCACAACUAGGGAUGGGCGAUAAUGGAUUUUAUCUAUCGAUAAGUAUUGCAACUCACCUGUCGAUAUAUUCUAGUUAUUGAUAUGUCGAUAAGUAUCGGUAUAUCGAUAACUAUCGAGAGGUACUUAUCGAUCUAUCGAUAGUUAUCGGUAUAUCGAUAACUACCCAACAAGCAUAAUUUAUUGCUGGAACAUUGCCAAAACUUCGCAAAGCAAGGUGUAACAUUGCUUUUUUCAUUGUAGGGAGGUUUAUGCAAGGUGGCAGGGUAGCUUAAUAUCUUCCGCCAAAUUAAAUUGCAGUGCAAGGUUGAAAAACACAAUAUUAUUGAAACGUUGCUAAUGUGACGUUCAGGAAAGUACUAAUUUGAGAUGUAUUAGUAAUAUUGUUAAUUUACGUCAAUACAAUAUUGGUAAAAUUAUAUUGUACCUAUGUUUCAAAACUUAUUAUCCAUUAAACUUUCUAUUUUGUUAUAACUUAUUAACUGACUUAUUGCUAAAAUAAUAUAGAAAAAAUAGAUAAUGUUUGCAAUAAAAAACCAUUUCAUUAGCAACAUUAGCAAUUUUAUGCAAUUUUAUGUUAACAAUAAUACAUCAGUAAUAGGUUAUAAUCAACAGAAACAUUAAUGGGUAUUAAUUGUAGACUUUCAAAUAGGUAUAAUAUACCUACUUUACUAAUACUGUAUUGACGAAAAACAUAAACAAUAUUGAUAAAAAUAUGCAUAUCUCUAUAUCCAUUGACUUAGAAAAAUUAAAAAUGCUCGGUAAAUAUAUCCCUACCAAGAAAGUCGAAUUUGUCAAACAAAUUGAAA